CUAUCUAAUGAUGAUAUCACAUCCUUACCACGAGUGACUUCCCCAUUUUGCCCGUACUAUGAUCGUCAUGGUUUCGCAGACGUUCGAAUAACGCUGCAUAUAGUCAUUGUAUAAGUGGUUCUGUGCACUUUACAGAAUUGGCGGGGGUGACAUCAACGAGUUCCAAUUAGCACAGUGCAUGCAUAUCCGACUCUUGACACGUGGAAAUGACUUUGGAUUUAGCAGACACAACCGCAUGUGUUUUGCCACUUGGAUGUUGAUAUACAUGUGCUUCCACCAACACUGACUCUUGAAUGCAUACCACAGCAACUUUGACUGAUUCUUUUAUUCUUAUUCAUAAGCUCCUAACGCAGACUUACGCUCAAUGUCUUGGAUGACGACCGCCUUUGAUCACCCUCUACAAGAAAUUCACACGUGGUCAAAUCACUUUGUUCAAAAGACCUUCGCUGCGAAUGAUAAAAUAUAUCGCGCCGUCAAAGAGUACCUCGAAUUCAGCGACCAUCUUCAAAUUUCACCAUUCUGCGUAGUGACAAAUAAGGUUCUGGAGCUGGCACGAACAAUGAUUCUAGACCUUCCGCCUUAUCUUUUUCAUGACAUUCAUUUCUACAGUGACGCCUUAACGGGUUGUAUAAGAGCUAUGGCCGAAUCUGCUAAUCGUCAGAUUCAUGAGAGCCAACAGCACGCCAGACGAGAUUCCUCUCUCAUUGCGACAGAUUGGCCGGACAUUAUGAUGCUCGGUUCAUUGGUGGUCUUUGCAGAUUCGCAAAUGGAAGAUAGAUGGCAGUCCUUGACUAGGAUUGGUCAGGCCUGGCAGUGGAAGGUGGCUGGAAGGGAACGCAGGGACAUCUUUGUUGGGUGGGAGUCAGUUCCUAAGUGUUGUAGUAGAAGCGCUGAGCGAGCAAUUGCACGCUUAGUAAGAAACUGACUCGAUGUAAGAAAAUUGUAAGUAAAAUUUUUGUUCUAUA